UAUUGUAACUUUCCCACAUUGCAUUGCGCUAGUCACGUGACAAAUGUCCUGCUAGAGUCAAGCUGGCAAUAUCCGGUAACGCAAUUUCGUAAUAACUGUGACAAAAAUAUAUUUUCAUCUGGUCUGGGUGUGGACCUUCCUUCCAACAUGUCCUUCCCCCCACACCUCAAUCGGCCCCAGAUCGGCAUUCCCCCUCUGCCCCCUGGCAUCCCACCGCCACAGUUUGCAGGGUUCCCUCCAGCUGGGCCCCCUGUGACCCCAAUGAUACCGGUGCACAUGGGCAUCAUGACACAAACCCCUACAGUGCUGGUGCCCACCUCGGUUUCUGUGGUCAGUAAGCCUCCUGUUCCCAAGAAGGACCUGCCCUUGCCGCGCCCAAAAGAGCCAGAGGAGAUGGGCGGCCCCACCACCACUGUGUUUGUGGGUAACAUCUCGGAGAGGGCCUCCGAUAUGCUCAUCCGACAGCUCCUCUCAAAAUGUGGCCUGGUCCUCAGCUGGAAACGGGUACAAGGAGCCUCUGGGAAACUUCAAGCUUUUGGCUUCUGUGAGUAUAAGGAGCCUGAGUCCACACUCAGGGCCCUACGACUCCUGCAUGACCUGCAGAUUGGAGACAAGAAGUUGCUGGUAAAGGUGGACGCCAAGACCAAAGCUCAGCUGGACGAGUUUAAGGCCAAGAAGAAGAGUACCAAUGGGACGGCUAAGACUGGCGACACAGGAGACGAUGAAGAGGAGGUACUGGACGAGGAAACCAAGCGAAGGGAUCAGAUCGUCAAGGUAGCCAUUGAUGGCCUCAUUCGGGAGUACGCCAAAGACCUCAAUGCCCCGUCACAAGAUGAAGAGUCUCUUCGGCGCAAGAAAAAGAAGGAGAAGAAGGAAGAAGAGGACAUCAAUACCAUUGACAUCGAGGAAGAUAAGAGAGACCUGAUUUCCAGGGAGAUAAACAAAUUCCGCGACACACACAAGAAACUCGAGGAGGAGAAAGGCAAGCGGGAGAAGGAGCGGCAGGAGCUGGAGCGCGAUCGGAGGGAACGGGAGAAGGAGCGGGAGCGGGAACGCGAGCGCUGGGAGCGCGAGAAGGAGAGAGAGCGCGAGCGGGAGAGGGAGAGGGAGACUGCGAGAGAGCGCGAGAGAGACCGGGAGAGAGAGAGGGAGCGCGACAGAGACAAAGAGCGCGACCGCGACAGAGACCGUGAUCGGGAGCGAGAACGUGAGAGGGAACGCGACUGGGACAAGGAGAGGAGCCGUGACCGGAGCCUCGACCGCAGUCAUUCCAGAGAACAGAGCCGCGACCGCGACCGGGAGAAGAAGCGAGACCCCAAGGAGGAUGAAGAAGAGGCGUACGAGCGCCGCAAGCUGGAGAGGAAGCUCCGGGAGAAGGAGGCCGCCUAUCAGGAGCGGCUGAAGAACUGGGAGAUCAGGGAGCGGAAGAAGGCCCGCGAUCACGCCAAGGAGGUGGAGAGGGAGGAGGAACGCCGCAGGGAAAUGGCUAAAGAAGGCAAGCGGUUGAAGGAAUUCCUAGAGGACUAUGAUGAUGAGCGAGAUGACCCCAAGUACUUCAGGGGCAGUGCGCUGCAGAAGCGUCUGCGUGACCGCGAGAAGGAGGUGGAAUUGGACGAGCGAGACAGGAAAAGGGAGAAGGAGGAGCUGGAGGAGAUCCGACAGAGACUGCUGGCAGAGGGCCAUCCAGACCCCGACGCCGAACUGCGCAGGAUGGAGGAGGAGGCAGAGCGUCUGCGUCAGCCACCACCCAAACUUGAGGUUGAGGAGCCACCACGGGAACGGGAACGGGAACGUGAACGUGAACGUGAACGAGACCGCGAACGGAACGACCGACCGAAACGAGACCGCUUGAACGCAGAUCGGGGCGAACGGGAACGGAACGAGAGCACGGAACGGGAACGAGAACGAGAUCGUCAUGAUCGGCACGAGCGCCACAGAGGAGGCGGGGACGUCCCCAUGCCCAUGUCAGAUGACGACGACGUGGAGGAAGGAGAGGAGCUGGACGACGAGGGUGGAGAUGACCGCUCUGAGGCCAAGCCCUAUCUGAAGCCCACGCUGCGGCCGAUCACGGCGGCACCGUCAGUGUCGUCAGCCAGCGGGGGUGCCACGCCCAACACGCCCGGCGACGAGUCGCCCUGCGGCAUCAUCAUCCCGCACGAGAACUCUCCACCCGAAGGCCCCCCUCAGGAGGAGCACCGGCCCAAGAUCGGCCUCAGCCUCAAACUAGGUGCCACUAGCAGCCCCAGUCAGCCCAACGUGGUCAAGCGCAAGAAGCUCCAGGACAGCGUCUUCAACCGCUUUGACGACGAGGAGGCCGACGAGGGCCCCAAGAAGAGGAAGCUGGUGCCGCUCGACUAUGACGACGACAAAAGCCAGGGCCUGGACGGCCUAGGGCUGGGCAGCGGAAAGGGCGCCAACACCGAGGAGAAACGGAAGCACAUCAAGAGCCUGAUCGAGAAGAUCCCCACGGGCAAGCCCGAGCUCUUCAACUACGAGCUCGACUGGUCCAUCGUCGACACGUCUUUGAUGGAGAGACGCAUUCGGCCAUGGAUAAACAAGAAAAUCAUUGAGUACAUUGGCGAGGAGGAGGCUACGCUUGUUGACUUUGUGUGCUCAAAGGUCAUGGCUCACAGCACUCCACAAGGCAUCCUGGAUGAUGUUGCCAUGGUGCUCGAUGAAGAAGCUGAGGUGUUUGUUGUGAAAAUGUGGCGGUUAUUGAUCUACGAGACCGAGGCCAAGAAGAUCGGGCUGGUGAAAUAGACCCAAGCACUGAAGCUCAUUGACUUCUGUUGGAUCCCAAGCCAGAAAUCCCUCGUCUUAUUGUCAUCUAAACGCAGAGAAAACAAAAAUGUGAACAGUUCACCCUUAAAGGGAAGCUUGUGUUACCAACUCAACGGUGUUGUCUUUUGGUCCGUCUAAUGAGGCUGCCACUGAGCAAACUCAACUGCUUCUACUACCCCCGCCACCCCCAUCCCACCCUAAAAAUCAGUUUUCAUAGAGGACCACCGUUUGUAUGUGCGUUUGUUUAAGCUGUAUAGAUGACGUUUGUGAGAUGCGGAGCAGGUUAACCUAUGGACUGUUGUUCCACACAGUCAUAGCUGCUCAUUUGUUUUUGUUUUUUUUUUUAAACACUGAAAACCAGGUGGUACAUUUUAUGAUGUCCUUCUCUACGUUUGAUUGACAGCCUUUGAAGUCAUGCUGAAAUUAUCUUGAUUUGCAAAAGCAUAUGAACGUUGUCCUUUUUUGUUUUUGUACCUACUAAUGGAAAAUGUUUUGAAUAAAGAAUUUUUUUAGAA